AUGCCUGCUCUUAAGGUCAUUUGUUGUAAUCAGACCUUGCAGGUACAUGAUAAAGCAUUAGAAGAUAAUGUUGUAAAGAAAUUACAACAAAUAGGAAACGGGAGAGAAGAACACCAACCGGCACGAGAACCGAUACCAUAUGAAUCAGUACCACAGUCAGAACCUUUGUCCAUACAGAAGCCCCCACCUGUACCAGCACCAGUUCAAAUGUCCAAAAACAAACCUGCCUCAAAAUUCAGACGUUUAUUUUCCUGGCUCAGUAGGAAGACGAGUAGUAAAAAAUCAUCUACAUCUGACGUAUUAUCGGCUCAGGAUGAAAUGGCGGAAGAAACUGCAACAGAGAACCGUGAAGAUAUAGGAGAUUUAUUCGAGAGCCAGAGUACAAGUGGUGAUAACAGUUCAACCAAAGUGCUUCCAGUUGAAUACCAAGACAAACUUGUUAACAGAAUGAAGAACAAAUCAGGGGAGACUAGAAGUGAAGAUAUGACUUGCAUUUGGGACUUUGCUGGCCAACAGCUCUACUACAUCACACAUCGAGAAAGUGAUGUUAUCAUGUAUGAUAUGACAAAUAUAGAGAUUAUUAAAUAUUGGAUGAUGUUGAUAUAUACGUACGCUGUCCCAGAUAAGACACAAGAUCAACUGCUACGAGCCAAGAAACCCCAAAUUGUGGUAGUCGGUACCCACAGCGAGAGCCUAGAAGGGACAGAUGAUGAGAAGAAACAAAAGAUUGAAAAACAGUUUGGAAUAAUAUUUGAUGAAAUCGAAGGCACGCCAUAUGAAUGUCAUGUGGUGAGGAAAAUGUAUGCCAUCGACAACAAGUUUCCAUUGAAAAGUGUGAUGCUCAAGACUCUUAAACAAGAUGUCGGCGGAUUUCUCAAGGCAAUGCCCAAAACAAUUCCGCUUACGUGGCUUAAUUUCCAAAGUAAAAUCCAGGAGAUUGGUAGGACAGCAAUACGUAUGACUUAUGUUGAGGUUUGUGAAGUUGCCACUAAGUGUGGAAUUUCUGUGGAUAACCUCAUUCACACCCUCAAUUACCUACAUGAUCUUGGAAUCAUUCUGUACUUUGAGAACAACAAACUACUGAAGCAUACAGUGAUAAUAAACCCACGAAAGCUGAGUGACAUCUUCAGGAAAAUCAUCACAGUGGUGGAACCUAAUGACCAUGAUAAAUGGGCUGCAAUGAUCAACCUGUGGAAUAAACUUGAUAAUGAAGGUAUACUGGAGGAAGAGUUAGUCAGACAUCUUUGGAGAGAUGAGCUCAGCAGAGAGGAAAGUAGCUUUGAGGUCUUCAUAGAACUAAUGAAGCAGUUUGGACUUCUCUGUGAGCAAAAGAAUGUGGGAGGCACACAACGCUCAUUUUUUGUGCCCUGUCGAUUGAAGCGUAGCAAAGAGAGUUUGUCUAUUAAACCAGACACGGAUGAGACGGUAUCUAUCUAUGUGGCCUCCAAGGAUUUCAUCCCCGAUAGUGUCUUCCAUCCUCUGGUUGUCAGCUUGAUUAGAAUGAUACAAGAUAUGGGCUACAUGGCUAAACCACAGUUAUUUAGCAACAAUGCAAUCAUCACUCUAGGACGUGAUCACAUUCUCAGCAUAGGACCAGUAGUCAUCGAUAACAAACCCUCGUUAAAGCUCGAAAUAUUGCACAAGCCUAUCGGUCGAGAGGGGGAUUCAUGUGAACCAAGUCCAAGAGUCUGUAUGCAGGUGUUGGAGUUUCUGAAGCAAGAGAUGAAAUUACUGACAUCUGGAAUGAAGCACACAGGAUAUACAUUUUGUGUCCUGUGCUGGAAAGACUCGCAAGAAACACACUUCCACGAUUUAGACGACUGCUUGAUGGACACUCACAUUCCAUGCGGGAAGAGAUUUAUAGAAACAAGGAAACUACGGAGGAUUUUCAAGAAUAAAAAACCAGAGACAGAUAAAAAUCUUGGUUAUCUGGAAGAUAAGCACUUGGUUCAUAUCGCCAGUGGCAUGGGACUGGAGUGGAAGCAACUGGGUGUCCGGUUGGGUCUUGGUUGGAACAGGAUCCAACAAAUAUGGAGCGAUCACAGACUAACGUCAGACUGCAUACUGAAUAUGCUAACAGAAUGGAAGAAUGGACAGAACUACGAGACAAAUCAAGUAAAGAUAAUGGACAGAUCUCUAAGGGAGCAAGGACUCACAGAACUUGCCUACACGGUCUUUGGCUUGCAAACGUCAGACGAUCAUUCAUCCCAUGUAAAUGCAGAUAAAGGAAAUUCUUGUGGAAAAUUACAACAGGAACACGAAGGGUACUUGAAAGAUAUCGAUAUGCUAUUUGCUUCUAAAAUGAUUGGCAGUGAUUGGAAAAAAUUAGGUACCUUUCUACGCAUGACAAAAGGUGAAAUAAAUCAAAUUGCAGCUGACUAUUCUCCGACUGUAGACGCCUGCAUUCAAAUGUUGGUACAGUGGCGAAUUAGACAGAAACAUGAUGUAAAUCACCUCGAAACAAUUAGCGAUGCACUGGAAAAACUUGAACGAAUAGAUAUCAAGGAAGAACUUCUGUCAUACUACCAGAAAAAAUAUCAUUAA